AAAAUACUUUCACUUUUUCUAAGGGCGCGCCGCGUCAACCCAACCCCACUCUGCGGCCCAUUACCCAUCUUCCACUUAACCCCUUUCUCUAUAUGUGCUCCCCACCCUCCCCUUGUUUCCCCAUUUCUUUCCUUCUACUUACCUCUUAUUGGUUGCUGCUGUUUCUUCUUCAAGAGAGAGAUCUCUUUGUUUGUUUGUUUGUUUUUUUUUUUUUUUUUCUCUUUUUGGGUUUCGUUUUCGUUACUUGCACUGUUCCGGUGCCAGAAGAACGUUUGUCUCUUACACGGUUGGGAGCUUUGGUGAUUUUCCAUCACAAUAAAAGAAUUUUUGGGUCACGUUUGGUCUCAAAGGCAAUGGAGGCAUACGGCAAAACCAUGGCUGCUGCCCCUGCUAAUGUUAUUUAUUUGUCUGCUAUUCUGGGCCGUGAUGGGCCUAUUCCUGUUCACAAAUGUGAUUGGAAAUGCCAAAAUGAACAUGUUUGUGGCAACAUGUAUCGCUGCAAACUGACAGGAAUCACACACAUCUGUGACAAGAACUGUAACCAGAGAAUUUUGUAUGAUAACCAUAGUUCCCUUUGCCGGGCAAGCGGCCAGGUCUUUCCCCUUACUCAAGCUGAGGAACAGGCGGUCAGAGGCGUCAGGAGGAAGCUUGAUGCUGAUAAUUCCCCACCCUCUGAUAGCUGUGGUUUUAAGCGUAGACGCGAUGCACAGUUUCAUCCUUCUCCUUUCGAGAGAUCUUUCUCUGCUGUUAGUACGAUCUGCAGUCAAGUUGGAGAUGGCAUGGAUAUGAGCUAGAUUAUAUUAGAAGUUAGAUUCCAUAUAUAUAGUAUCAUAUUAUUAACCUUAAAGACUCCUUUAUCUUGUUUCACUUAUCUUGUUCCAUUGGAACUUAUUCCAUUUUGCUUCUUCUUAUGGGACAAAUAUGGAUAAUUGGAUAAUACACUUGAUGAUGGUGGAUAAGUUGGCAUUCUACCUGCCUGUAGGAAAAACUCUUUUAUUUCUUAUCUUCUCUAAUGCCAUGUAGUCCUUUCCUAACUUCGUUACGAAACUUGAAUUUAAUUCAGUUUCUUUCUAACUGUUCUACUUAGAUUUAUCAACUUUGACAGCUACAGGGUGCCUCUAGGUCCUUAAUAGGAGUUGAAUUAUUAUGAUUUUCAUCUAUCUGUUCCUUGGUUAUGUUUAUUCUAAUUGUUAAUGUUGUGUGUCUUUUUUUUUUAAUUAUUUUGUUGAACUUUCAUAUUUGUGGAUGUAUGGUGUGAUAUUUGAUUGUUAAUGUGUCUCUGAAUAAAACUGUUAGUGCAGAUUCAAUUAUAGUUCUUCAGUUUGAAAACUGUAUUUCUUUUCGUGGUUUUACUGUUAUAUUUUGAUGUGAUUCUAUAACUUGUUGCUUUGUGGUUGGACUAGUGAAUGCAGGUUGAAGAGGAAUGAUAGGGCUAUUGUCAUGUGUUUUUAUAUUUUAGUUUAUUCUUUUCUCUCUUUUUUUUUCCUGUUAAUUUGUUAUAUAAGAUCCUGAAGUAUAUGUUGAUUUUGCAGGCCUUAAAAGUGUGCAAUGCAGGAGAAUUUAAAUAUGCUUUUGCUAUAGUGAAUGAAUUUUCCCUUUCUAGGUUUUGUGAAUUGAAAUGUUCUGACUAUUAUUUUAAUCAUUCUCGUGCAGGUAAUUUGGUCAUCGAUUAUGUUGGAUAUCAAAACCAUGCAUAUUACUGCUGAUGAACUAGGUUCCGUAUUAUGCUGGCGGCCUGUUAUUAGCAGUCCGGCUUAUGAAGGGAUUUCACCCAUAGAAUUCAAGCUUUGAUGGGGAGAAGAAACCAAUGCGGUAUCUUUCUGCUUGCCUGCAAGUGAAUACAUAUCGUGUUAGUGCUGCUGUCUUUCCUAUUAAUAAUAGACAUAUUUUUGAGGUCUGAACCUUGUUUACCAAAUUAAAAUGGAGUUAUUAGCAAGGUGAUUGAUUCUCUUACCACUUAAUUGCUUGGUUAAGCUACUUGCUGUCAUAUUUAUUCUGAUAAUGAAAUAACAUUAUCGUUUAACUUCUACUAGAUCAGUUGCUCAAAACGUUUGGUUUCUAUUUGGAACCAAUGAAGAAGUGAGAUUAUCAUUUAUGGACUGUGAGAAUCAGAUUGUGCUUAUCAGAAGGCUCUUUGUCCUGGCUGAAUUAAGUUGCAGGCUAACAAGUUUUUGGGAAAAAUAGGCAUAUUGCUGAGUUUAGCUGGUGACUUGUAUCAGUUUAGGUAGCUGAAAUGUACAGCUGGGAAGUUGUUGGGGCACUGUUGCUAAGUUUUAGAUGGUGAAGUGGAUCAGGUUUGGGUUGGUGAGCUGCAGACCGAGGAAGUUGUUAUAAGUUGUGCUACCCUGAAACAUUGAAGUUUUGUUAAAUGCAACUUUGAAGUCCUGCCAAGACUUGUUCCUGUUUGCUCAUCCAAAUUUUCUUAUACUUGGAAGCUGCAGCAACCCAGAGUUUAAGCUGUUUGUAUGCUUAAUAUGUGAAGCAGCAGUGCUCGAUGAAUUCUCAAAUGUAUAGCUCUGGUAGUUCUGAUUUACCUAGUCUCCUGUUUUGCUGUUGAUCACUUAGUUCAGUUGUAACAACCCCUGGCCUCUUUUCUUCUGCUGUCCAUAAUUGUGAUUUACAGCCUUGCAAAAAUUGUGACAGUAAUUUUAUGGUUUAAUCAUUGUUUAUGGGACUGAUUCUCGCUCUAUUAGCUUUGUGGAUUUAUAUGUAAAUUUCAUGAUCUUUUCAUUGCGAGUGUAAAUGUCACUUAAGGUGUUUGUUUGUGCUAUAGCCUCUGUUGGAGAAAAAAUUCUAAUGUCAUCUUCAGUUCUUUUUCUUGCUUCUAUCGUCCAUCUCAUGCCCCCUAGUUCCUCCAUUUUCCAAUCAUGUCAAGCAAAGUCCUUCCCAAAAUAUACCAGGAUAGCAACUUCCAACUGUAACACUGAAACAAAUAUAAUGAAAUAAAAUUGUUACUGAAGAAAAGUUGCUUCUCUGCCAAAGGUUACUGAAAGAUACGUGCAACUAUUUUCAAUAAUUAAAAAAAGAGCUGCCAAAAAAAUUGAACUGUCUGCUUGACAAGUUUGCAACUGCAUUUGGGUUUGAAUGGAUUGUUCAUUUAGAAGUUUUGUGGAGUCCGGGUUAGGCUCUUGUCAAAGUGGUGAUUGAAAUCAUGGCAAUGUGGUGGCACUAACGAAUUAUUGAGUUUCCAUUUGACAUUUUAGGUACAUAUGUGGAGUUACAAGACGAGAAAAUAGUGGAAGUUCCAACCUUAAAUCUUAAUUUUUUUUAUAAAAGAAAUAAUAACAUUUAAGUCAAAUUCAAAUUAUUAAUUGUGAUGUUAUUUUAGAUUGGUAUACAACCAGACCUGCUGAUUAUUGCUUCACCGUG